CUUAAACACUAUGUUAAUAAGCUCCGGAGCAAGAACACAUUUUAUAAAAAGAAGCGACUGGAAAUAGCAGAAAUUACAGCUGAGUAUGGUAUCCUCCAGAGGACAGAAGAACUUCUAAAACAGCGCCACGAGGCUAUUCAGCAGCAGUUGCAAGCUAUUGAAGACAAGAAAGGUAUUUCUGGAUAUAGUUACACCCAGGAGGAGCUGGAAAGAGUCUCUGCAGUAAAGAGUGAAAUGGAUGAAAUGAAAGGCCGCACACUGGAUAGCAUGUCUGAAAUGGUAAAAAAGCUGAAUGCUGUGGUGGCAGAGAAGAAGGCAAGCCUUGCUCCUGUUAUCAAAGAACUGAGACAGUUGCGUCAAAAAUGCCAGGAAUUAACUCAAGAAUGCGAUGAAAAAAAAAUCCAAUACGACAGUUGUGCCGCAGGGUUAGAGAGCAAUCGCUCUACGCUGGAACAGGAAGUGAAAGGACUUCUUGAAGAGUGUGUUCAGGAAGAAAGCAACUACCGUUACAUUAACUGCAUGAAAAGGAAUCUAGAAAUACAGCUGCAGCGUGCUAAAGAAGAAAUGAAGGCAUAUGUCUCCCCAGACCCGCAGGAGAGAAGAAGGGCCAUUCGAGAACAGUAUACACGAAUGAUCCUGGAACAAGAAAACCUUGGGAAGAAAUUACGAGAGAAGCAGAAAGCUGUACGGGAAAGUCAUGGGCCAAAUAUGAAGCAAAUGAAAAUGUGGCAGGAUUUUGCGCAGUUAAUGAAAUGUAAGAGAGAAUGCUUUCUAAAACAGCAAAAUCAAACAGCCAUCGGUCAAGUCAUUCAGGAAGGAGGUAAAGACAGGCUUGUAUUAUGA